CAGAAGGAGAUGAGCCGUAUUUCCCUGUUCCGAAGGAGCGGUCGGAGGGGGAGGCGGGCGUUUCUCAUGGAGCUCCUGUUGCAGGAAAAAUCCACGAAGGCAGAACCGUCCGCGGCGCGUUCACGUGGAUUCUGAUGAGGGACCGAGCGCGAGCGACAUACGUCCCGCGGAGUUCAUGCUUCCCUCCUGUGAUCUCUGACCUCUCUGUCUCUAUGUCCCUCUGGAGCUGCAUCCAACACGUUCCUAUCCACACAUCUGUCCUGCCAGAUCCUCUCCACAUCUGUCCCUAGGAGGCAGUAUUUCACCAAAGUUCUUCACAACAAGCCCAGUGGGAGCCCAACACACUCCACAGUGCAGGGGGUGUGAGCAAGCAGGAUGUUCACACUCUCUGCCAAGUCCGCCCCCUCCAGGGUGCCCCAGCCUGAGCGACUAGAUGAGGUCUACGAGGCGCUGAGGAGAGGCCUGCAGUCCUUCCUUCAGGUCCAUCAACUAGAACAGGAAAGUCUGAGUGUCCAGAUGAGGGAGUGCAAAAGGAACUCCAGACUGGGAUUGCUGUAUGAACUGGACAAGCAGGUGAAGGUGAUUGAGAGGUUCAUGAGACGGUUGGAGUUCCACCUCAGCAAGGUGGACGAGCUCUAUGAGACCUACUGCAUGCAGCGCAGGCUGCGCGAUGGUGCCAACAAGAUGAUAAAGGCCUACAGCUCCUCCCCCAGCAGUCGGGAGGCCAGAGAAAGCCUGAUGGAGGCGACUAAGGGAUAUCGCGAGUACACUGAGGGUAUGUGUCUUUUGGAGAGUGAACUGGAGGCCUUACUGGGGGAGUUCCAUGUCAAAAUGAAAGGUCUGGCUGGAUUUGCAAGGCUCUGUGCUGGAGACCAGUAUGAGAUUUUCAUGAAAUACGGACGGCAGCGCUGGAAACUGCGGGGGCGCAUUGAGGUCAACAGCCGACAGGUCUGGGACAGCGAAGAGAUGGUGUUCAUGCCGCUUGUUACAGAUUUCCUGUCAAUCAAGGUGACGGAGCUGAAGAGCCUGGCGAGUCAUGUGGUUGUGGGAAGCGUGUCCUGUGAGACCAAGGACCUGUUCACAGCUCAGCCACAGAUGGUCGCUGUGGACAUCAACGACCUGGGCACAGUCAAACUGAGCUUGGAGGUGACCUGGAACCCCUUUGACAAAGAUGAUCAAAUGUCCUCCGGCACCAUCAGCAAAGCUGCCACAGUCAACAGGCGGUUGCCGAGCUACAAUCAGACCCCUCCAGACACCCCGGCACUGCGUGAGCAGGUCUUCUGUAGGUUACCACGGAGGCAGGAGGACAUGGACAGUGGAACAGCCUGGUCCUGCUCUUCUGAAUCAUCUGAUGAUUCAUCAAGUCCACAGUCCUUGCUGGGUGUGCCCCACAUCCACAAGAACGUGGUCCAACCAGAGAUAUGUGCUGCCCUGCCCGCCAUUCAGAUCUCCUUUACCCCCUGUGGCCCAACUGCCUGCACCCAUCCCGAAGAGAGUGAGGAAGAGGAGGAGGAGUCUGAAGCUAGCAUUGCCAGCAGACAGGAGGAUUCUGGGAAGCAGGCGGUGCCCAACGGCCACGCCAAAUGCUACUGCCCCCUUAGCUGUGAGGCGUCCUCGUGCCCAACACUGGGGUCAUGCCCUGACGCUUUUGAAACAGCCAGGUUAUGUGAUGUGGAACCACUGGCAAUCAGUGAAACAUCCCCAGCACCUCCUCUAGGCUCUCAGGAACAGGAGCUCAGUGCAGAGAACCAGGGUGUCUUUACACUCUCACCAGCCACCAUGGUGGUGGAGACAGGGGCAAAGUAUCCUUCAGUGGAGGUGGAGACCAGCUUGGUGGGGGUGGAGCUUUGCAGCAAUGCCUUUCAGACUGAAGACGUAUCACAGGAAGUUAAUGCUCCUGACUGGAAGAAAGCGUCUCCAGCACCAGCUGAGGGUAUGACACAAACACAGCACCACCUGGUGUUGGAGGCCCAGCCUAUGGACAGUGCAGUGGGUGGGGUGCAAGAGACUCUAAAAGCAGUUCUUUUUACCCUGGGGACCUUAAAGGGGCAGUUUCCUGAGCUGCAAGGUGUGGAGCAACAGCUGAAACAACUGGAGGAGACAAUGAUGGACCACAGCCACUCCACGGGUGUGACUCUAACUGUGGAAGAUGCUCUUGGGAGCUUUGACUUCCUGAAAGAUGAGUAUGAGGAUGAGAAUCCAAAUCAGGGGGCAAAGGAAGAAGGGGAAGAUGAGCAAUGGAUCCCUGCAGACAGUGAGUUCCAUGGCAACCCCUUUAGGCUGGGAGAAGACAAUGGCUACAAGAAGGACUGCCAAGGGGCCUUAACUGAACCUAUGACCACUGGGUGCCAGGCUCUUGACCAUGCCCUAAUGGUUCACCUGAGAAACUGCAAUUCCCAGCUCCAGACCCUGCAUACCUCAGGAAUGAAUCACGGUGCCCUGGACCAAUUGCUCAGAGAAGCACGGGUGCUGGAGCUCAUCUACCUGGUCACCAAAGAUUCCAACAGCCAUGCCAACUCCCCCAUGCAGGGAGUGUUGGAACUGGAGCGGUGUCAUGGGGCCGCGUCACUAUGGAAACAGUGUACGGGCAGCUCCGAUGCAUAUACCACUUCUGCUGAGAGCUUCCUGCGUACGCUCAUUGUGUCCUAUGAAGAGCAGCUGGGUGGAGCCUCUUCUUGCAUGACUAAUACAGUGUUACUCCAGCUGGUAGAGAGAAUUAUGGGACAUCAGAUGUCACAGGACAACGGUAGAGCAGCUGGUGAACCUCUGACCAUCUUCCAGUUCUGGAACUAUUUGGAGUCUGAGGGUGUGAGCAGUUUGGACGCACACAUAUGUGAAAUGGCUGAGGAGGCCGAGGGCCACUGAGAAACCAUUAGAGAAUGUUCUUCUGGCUCCUCUCUCUGCAGUGUUGAUGCGGCACCUCAGCGUUCCCAACGGCUUCUAAUGCCAUGGCAACACUGUCCUUUAGUGCCAUGGAGACCUCGUCCCCAUCAGAACAGCCACCACUGACCUGCUGUAGUUUCCCUUUCUCUCACACAAACACACACACACAGCCAAAAUCCAUCAGUCUAUAUGGGUUCCAUGGUCAGACAUGCUCCUGCAGACUAAACUGAUCAUGUCAACAUUAAGCUAAUUAAAUAUUAAAGCAUAUUUACUGCCCAUAAAAUACAUAAACAUGAGUGGAAAAAGCGAAGCUGCCAAUUUUCUUGGGAGACUGAGGCUCUAUCUUGCCAUACCUACAGCCCAUGGGACUAAUGGGUCCAAUAUCUGCACCUUAAUAUCUGUAGCCUUGAUGCCAUGUUUGAAAGGCACGAUGGGGGCUGAUUGACUGCUGUGGACAAGUGAGUCAGGGCCCCCAGACUCCAAUGCACUUUUUUUAAAAGAAAAAAGAAUCAGUGCCAUUUUUCUGUACAUUCAUCACAUUUCUUUCUGGAAUUUCCACUAUACGGCUCUAGACACUUGUAUUAUGCUCCAGUACAGGAGGUUCUGUGGCUCUGAGCUCAGACCUUCACUGGGGUCACAUCCCAUUUCUGAUGUAAUCCUGUGCACUGUGCUAGGUUUCACAUUGUGGGAGACUGAUGAGUCUUGUUGCCUUGGGAACCACUGGAUUUGCCACAACAUCUUCUGCCCCAGAAGUGCUGUUGCAGGAAGGUGGAUGGGUUCCAGAUUUGAACCAAGCAUUCAGGGCGUUACCUCAGAAGAUGCUUCACUGUUUAUUCUGAGAGACCUUAAACACAGCGGAAAUGGAGACCUGAUCAGCUGAAAAGUGCCUAAGUUUUGGUGAAUAGAAAGUAUUGAUACUGAGUUUUUAUUUAAUACUUCAGAAUUGCAGCAGAAACAUAACUGCAAUCUUUUUUUUCCAUUUUAAGCAAAACAAAUGCAGUCUAAGAGAUGUCUAAAAAAUGUAUAUAUUCUGACAAAGAU